AAUUGUAAUGAUACAAAUUCAUGCGUGUGUUACUAUUCAUUUGAAUCGUCGACACUUCGCACUGUCUUUCUAAAGGCUUCAAAAAGAGCUCAAGUAGGUUUCUUGGAAGCCACUCUUGAAGCCUACUACUACGACCCUUUAUAUAUAUCCACCACAAACGACACGUCUUACAUAAACUCCAUCACAUUGAAGCCACCACUUGAUGGUUUCAUUUUCAUAAAUUCUCAAAUUUCUCUCAGCAGCUUCUUUGUACUCUUCCUUGGCUGAGUUUCUUUUAUUUUAAUUUUCUCUCUAAGUACACCCACCCAGUUUGUGCUAUAUACUUGUAUUUUCUCUAUAUUAUUACACUGAUCUUGAAGAAGCAUGGCAGAGAAAACCAAGAACAAGGUGGAGGUUCAAUUGGGUUGCGGUUUGAUGGGAAGAAUUUUCCAUCUCAAAACCAAUAACAGGACUAGAAAAUCCUCUGUUCAUUCACUACCCGUGAAGGUUUGCAACAACACUGCACAGCAACAGAGGGAUCAGGCCAAAAACGAAGCCAAACCCUCUCCAAACCAUGAAUCAAAUGUUCCAAGAGAUAGCUCCAUUGGAACCAUUCCUACACUGAAAGUGGAGCAGAAUCCAGCGGGAAAGAGUAGCUCUAGUCACCGUGCACCUUCAGCAUACCAAAACACUCAAAACGGGAGAGCCUCGGACGCUGCAAGAACCUCAAUUCAACGAAGCCACGACUCAAAUGAAGAGAGUAAACAACAACAGAAAGAGCACGCUGUUGUUAACUCUCUGGAACUUGCUAGGAUAAGUACAAGUGCUAAUCAUCAUCAUCAUCAAAACAACGAGACGAAAUCCCUGGCGAAAGAAUUUGUGUUACCAAUCACUGGGAAUUUGCUUGUGAAUAGCAGCCCAAGAACUAGUAUUACCAAGAGCAAAGAGUUGAACACCUUGUCCGGCUCCUGUUCUUACAACAGUAAUAAUAGUACUAACAAAGGCAUGAUGGGGAACAUAAUGAGGAAGAACAGCGACGAGCUUGCGCAAUUUCGGAGUCCGAGGAACGGCAGAGUGGACCCUGAGGUGUUGAAGUCCAUGGGGAAUGAAGCGUACAAACAGGGGAGAUUUGAAGAGGCUUUGGCUUUGUAUGACCGAGCCAUUGCUGUUGACUCAAAGAAAGCAACGUAUCAUUGCAAUAAGAGCGCGGCUUUGAUAGGUUUGGGAAGGUUUCUUCAGGCAAUUGUUGAGUGUGAGGAAGCUAUCAAGUUGGAGCCUUCGUAUGGCAGAGCCCACACGCGUUUGGCAACAAUUUAUUUCAGAUUGGGAGAGGCAGAGAAGGCACUGAAUUGCAAUGAAACAAGCUCAUGUGUUGAUUCGGUACUCGCUUUCCAAGCUCAGGCUCUUCAAAAUCACCUUAGCAAAUGCACUGAAGCUCGGAAAGUCAAAGAUUGGAAAGUUAUAUUAAAUGAAACACAGGCUGCAAUAUCCUUGGGUGCUGAUUCAGCUCCACUGGUCUAUUCUUUACAUACUGAAGCCCUGCUGAAGCUCCUAAGACAUCAAGAGGCACACGCUACCUACGAGAAAAUGCCAAAAUUUGACCUUGAUUCUUCUAACAAAUUAUUUGGCCCCGUUCGUAGUGCUUACCUAUUGAUGAUAGGCGCGCAAAUUUACUUGGCAGCCGGCAGGUUUGAGGAUGCUGUAACAGCAUCUGAGCAAGCAGCUAAACUAGAUCCAAGUAAUUUUGAGAUGAAUGCAGUGGUGAGGAGGGCCAGAGCAGUGACAUCAGCCAGAAUGAGUGGUAACUUACUCUUCAAGGCAUCAAAAUUCACGGAAGCAUAUGCUGUAUACAAUGAAGGACUAGAGCAUGAUCCACACAACUCAGUUCUGCUAUGCAAUAGAGCAGCGUGUCGUUCUAAGCUAGGUCAAUUCGAGAAAGCAAUUGAAGAUUGUAACGUAGCACUUAUAAUUCAACCUAGUUAUAGCAAGGCUAGGUUGCGGAGGGCAGAUUGCAAUGCCAAGUUGGAACGAUGGGAAGCUGCCAUUCAAGACUAUGAAAUGCUAUUAAGAGAAAAGCCAGGGGAUGAGGAGGUGGCAAGGGCUCUGUUUGAGACCCAGCUCCAACUCAAGAUGCUACGCGGUGAAGAUAUUAAGGACUUGAAAUUUGGCUCAAAUUUGUUUUUCAUCUCAAGCAAUGAUCGGUUUAGACAUUAUGUAACAUCACCUGGGAUGUCUGUGGUACUCUUUUGUAACAAGGCAACCCAUAAGCAAGUGUUGUUGGUGUUGGAGCAAACCUGCAAGAGAUUUCCAUCAGUUAAUUUCCUUAAGGUGGAGAUUGAAGACCAUCCAUACUUGGCAAAAUCAGAAGGUGUGAACUGCAUCCCAGCCUUUAAAAUAUACAAGAAUGGAUCAAGGAUUAAAGAAAUUCCAGGAAACAACCACGAUUUGUUGGAAAAAUUAGUUAAAUUAUAUAGCAGCUGAAGGUAAUCACACUUCUUCGAAUCACAACAUAUAGGAAGAAACGAGGAAGGUUAGAUUUUUAAGAAUGGAAAGGAAGAUUGCCAAAAAUAAAUCAAGCUGAUUAUAUCUGCUUCAUAAAUUUGGUCACCUUGCUUACAAGACAGAGGAAACCAGAGACGAAACAUAGCAUUGUUAAAAGCUGUAGAAAAAUGUAUAGGAAAAGUGAUUCUUUGUGUUAGUAAUUGACUUUCUUAAUACUUUUGGAUGUUUGAGAGGUCUUUAAUUCCUCACAUUCAGUGCAUAAUGGUUUGGAAAAACGUAAACUUUUUUUUUGUUGUUGUUAGAUAAGUUAUGUAUUCUUUACAGGAGUGAUUAUUUAGGUUGUCAUUCUAAGUUAUGAGCAAUAUAGUAAAAGAAACACGAUUGUUUUACA